AGCAAGCUUUGGGUUGGCUUUCACGCCCUGGUGCGUUGGUUGGAGCACAGGGGCUGCGACUUUCUUUUGCACAGGCUGAAGAACCUGUUUAGAUGUUGAGUUACGGUAUUUCUUUUUCUUUUGCGCAGAUCUGAUCUGAUAUUGUCGCGUUUGCGUGGAGGCGUUUUAGCUGAGUUGGAACUUGGCGUGUGUUGGCGAACUAUGGAAUUCAAAGAGUUGCUACCCCGGUCUUCUGCGAGCGAUAUAUACGGUACAGGCAACAUCAUUUUCUGUCUUCUCUUUUUGUGAUGUAAGUUUUUUGCCAACUGCCUAUUUUGAAUCCCGUAGCUCGACACGAAGUAAGAAAGUGGUUCGGCUUCCCGGAAAAACAAAUCGUCAGUGAUUGGGUUUGGUGCACCCCCGGGAGAAGAACCCGUACAAAAUCCGCACCAUCUCUGCGUGACCUGUCUGACGACCUCCGUUUGUCAGACGAGGACGAUGGAGACCAGGGUUAUGGCUCAAUGGGACCUACAAUCUGGGACAGGGAUGGAUUUGAAGUCCUGGUACUGCCACAGACACCAAGAAAGCCAGCCAUCCCAAAGUCAAGGUGGCAGCGGUCACAUCAUUUUAUUGACGACAUUCAGGCAGUGGUUCCGGGACCUCGGAGGCCAGAGGUUACACCAAGACGGGUAGGAGGGGGUAGGAGGAAGGCGUCCCCAAACCUGGAUUCUGCACAAAUGCAUGAGGCCAAGAAAAGAAAAGUAGGAGACGCAAGAAACGAGUCACUACAGAAGAGGCAGGCGGCCAUGCUUCGUAGUCAAAAAGAAGGUCGUACAACAUUCGCCCAAAAGAAGGACACACAGGACCAGCCUGAUCCGUUUAGAAGACCGGCAAGCGCAGAUGCCAUACUCUCCAUGCCUUCUCUCCGCCUCCCGCCUACCACAAGACGUGAGCCCAGCCCAGCCUCUCCGGGCUGCAGCACCUUGACCCCUGAAAUGCACGAAGUAUCGCCGGCAUCGCCAGCGUCUCCUGCUUUUAGUGUUGCAUCUUCUUGUGUUUCUUCUGCGUCGCUUGCCAGCACUAGUGACCACAGUGUGGUUGAGUUCAAGGUGACUGAUAAUAUGAAGGCACACGUGGUCUUUGACCUGAACGAGAUGGUACAGAAGAAGAAAGCCCAACUUGCACAGAAAAAGGAGGCAGCCAAGCUGGACGACGUAGCCUUCGCCAUCAAGGAGACCAGAAAGGCCGGGUUCCGAGUUAUGAAUCGAAGCGUCACCGGAAAGGACCUCUCUCAUUGGUGUCCGAUAUGUAAUACCAAACAAUCCAAACUUGUGGACCAUAUUAAGAAGCCUCCAAAGACGGGGAAGUGUGGUGAGGCGCAUAAAAAUGUAGACGUGGUCAGAGCGCUGAAUUUCUUAAAGGCUCAAAACUUCCGUGGCAUGCGAGGCCCCUUCUUCAUACCGUCUAUUGUUGACCAACUUCUGGAUGCCAACGGGGACAGGAAGAAGAUGGAAAACAUUGUGGGCAAUGUCCUCUCUAACGUUGGGGUAGGCCAUGCAAAAACAGAAAGCGAUGCCAUGCUAGUCUAUGACAUGUCCCAAUGCUUCCAACUCGACUGCACUGGAAAUGCAAGUGAGAAACCAGAAGAUCGUCUGAAUGACUUACUGCAAGAAGAAGACGUGGUUGACGACGACGAUGUUGCUUCAUGA